AGAAAUUAAAUAUGAAAUUUAAAAAGCCAAAAGCAAGGACACCAAUCUCCAAAUGAAGUCGUUUUAUGUACCAAAGUCUGUUAUCUUAUCAUAGGAGUAGAUUAUCUGACUACUGCAGCCAGUACUUCAAACUGAUGCGUGGGACCCUUUUGUAUGCAGAGCAGGAUGCACCAGGGCCUUAGUUCUUCUACUAAUAACAAAUCAUGGUUCAGUUUUUUUAAGACUUUAUUUAUUCUCCCAGAAAGUGGCCUCGUCCCCUCAUUGUUCCAUCAGCAUUAUGAAUAUUUGAGGUUGACAUGAUGGCAGAGGUGGGAGCCAUUUGCUUGCCACUGUUAUUGCCGGGACUCAGUCCAUUCCUGUGUGCUGGAGCUGGUGGAUAAUAGCCCCAGUGUGUGCGUACUAACUGGUCCUAACUGGUGCCAUGCUGCCCUAAGCAGCCAGACAAUGGCGGUGAUUCUUCUUCGGACCAGAGAGAGCGUGAGUGGGUGUAAGGAAUGACCAGUCUGGAGAAAGAGAUGGGGGCGUCCAAUAUGGCCUCCACACAGUGACUGGACUGUGUGGCAGUCUGGAAGGGGAGGACAGCAUCACAAAGAUCCGUCUGUCCUCCUCUACGCCCAGAAUCUGAGUGUCAUCGUGGGAGACACAGAGCCAAAGAAAGAGAUUCGGGUGGCGGGGGGUGUUGUCAGUUGAGUCUCAUUUGGGUGAUCUGGGACGGGACGGUCGGGCGUGUUCGGCAGGCAGGAAGGACUCAGGUCGUCAGGGGAUGCUAACAGAUAUGCAUCAGGGCUUUGGAGGACAGGCAGACGGGUUGGUGUCAGAGGCGGCUCAAUACAGAAUUAGAGCGGAGUUACAUUUGUUUACUCAGGGACGAUGGGCAACAUCCACUGGCAUGUUCGGACCUUCCCUUUCAGAAAGGGUUGAUAACUAUCGAUUGGACAGACGAUGGAUUCCACAGUGGCCUCUUAAGACCCUGGAUAUGUCCAGCUCCUGAAAUCCACAGAUCUCAGCCGCAACAGUCUUCUCUACCUGAAGGAGAUCGGAAAUGGCUGGUUCGGGAAGGUUCUGCUUGGGGAGGUGAAUGCAGGUCUAAACACCACCCAGGUGGUGGUGAAGGAACUCAAAGCCAGCGCCAGCGUGCAGGACCAGAUGCACUUCCUGGAGGAAGCACAGCCUUACCGCACCCUCCAGCACCACGCUCUGCUGCAGUGCUUGGCCCAGUGCACUGAGGUCACUCCUUACCUGCUGGUGAUGGAGUUUUGUCCACUGGGGGAUGUGAAGGGUUACCUCCGAAGCUGCAGGACCACAGACACUAUGACCCCAGAGCCCUUGAUUCUUCAGCGGAUGGCUUGUGACAUCGCCUCAGGACUCUUGCACCUGCACAAGCACAGCUUCAUACACAGUGACCUGGCUUUGAGGAACUGCCUGUUGUCUGCUAAUGUCUCGGUGAAGAUCGGGGACUAUGGCCUGUCCCACACCAAGUACAAGGAUGAUUACUACGUGACAUCAGAGCAGAUGUACGUGCCGUUGCGUUGGAUCGCUCCAGAGCUGGUGGAUGAGGUGCAUGGAAACCUGCUGGUGGCUGACCAGACCCAGCAGAGCAACAUGUGGUCUCUGGGUGUGACGAUCUGGGAGCUGUUUGAGCUGGCCAACCAGCCCUACAGACACUACUCUGACAGACAGGUGCUGACCUACGCUGUGAGGGAGCAGCAGCUGCGACUGCCCAAGCCGCUGCUCAAAGUGCCGCUGGCUGAGCGCUGGUAUGAGGUAAUGCAGUUCUGCUGGCUCCAGCCUGAUCAGAGACCCACUGCAGAGGAAGUACACUUGCUGCUCAGCUAUCUGUGUGCCAAGGGGGCCAGCGAGGCUGAAGAGGACUUUGAGAGGCGAUGGAACUCUAUGCGUCCCAAUACUGGAUUCAACAGCCACCGUGCUGCCUCUGCGAUGCCACGAGACCACCCCUCGUCAACCUCCUCCUCCUUCCCUCUCCUUGAGCAGUUUUCAGCUGGUGAUGGGUACCACUCAGAGUCAGGGGAUGACAUACUAACCGUCACUGAGACCAGCCAUGGCCUGAACUUUGAGUACAAGUGGGAACAAGCCAGGGCAGACCAGUCGUAUAGAGCCCCAGACUCCCCUAGUGCCCUGGGGCAAGUCAAUCAUCAUUGUCAAGAAGCAUUUUACCCACCUGGAGGCAUGGUGGGAGGCUGCCCCAUGGAGAGCCACAGCCAUGGACUUUCUCCAUCUUACUACCAACCUAAACAUCUACAUGCGCCAGGCAUACUUCCUGUCCUCAGUGCCCAUAGUCCCUCAGUAAACAGUGAAUACUACAUCCGCAUCGAAGAGCCAGUAGACUGUAACAUCGAUCCAGAGUACACCAUGUGCUCCUACAGCCCAGACUACCAAGGUAGCAGUGGGAGCUUUCUGACUGGCAGUGCCGACUCAGGCGAGUGCAUGGCCUGCCCAUCACAGGCUAAGAACAUGGGUCCCUAUUGGUCAGCAGACAUUCACAAGUCAGAUGUGUACGACUCCAAUGACUCAAGUCCAGCUAUCUCCCUGACAAUGGAGCCCCUUUUAGGGCAAGUGCUGGACAGCAGCCCACUACCACCCUGGGAGUCCAGUCACUAUGUGUCCUACAAAGACAGAGAUGGGGGUUACUACUAUGAACACUCACCCCCUUUGGGAAUAGAUCACUAUUUAACUGGACGUGAGUUCUCCAGUGAACAUCAUCAGGAAAGCUGGGGGUCAAGAAGUCUGCGUCAGGCCUUGGGUGAGUUGGAGAACCCGCUAGGCAUAUCCCCGUCUGUAAACGGUCCGUCUCAACAGGCCUACAGAGACGCGUACCUGGACACAAGUCAAUCCUCCAUCAUCGGAAAGAAUGUGACAGGAGGCUAUUAUGACAUGAUGGGCUCCCUGAGAAAGACUAUGCCCAGCCACACCAGGCACAACAGCCACUCUGUCAGUAUUAACAUGGAGACGGAGGGGGCUCUCUUCAUUGGACACAGAGACAGUGAGUCAGAGGAUGAAGAAGAGGAUAUAUUUGUUGAGAGACACACCUGCAACACUUGGCCUUCAAAGCACAGCCACAGCAGCGUGGGUCACCACAGACGGGCGAGCCACAGCUGCAGACAGGAUGCUUAUGUAGAUUUCCACUACACAAUGCCAAGUACAGAUAUUGAAGACUCUUGGCCUGAGGAACAUAGUCUGGCCUUCCACUCUCUACCCAAACCCAUCGACUAUCUUGAACCCCACCAGGCCAAAGAUAACAGUGCCUGCCUUAGUCUGAGCAAACAUCACACAAUGGUGCCCUCAGACAACUGUAAUGCCUACAUCUACCUGUGCCAUGAGGGCGAGACUCAGGUGCCAGCAUCUGGAGAGUGCUGCCACUCGCACUUUAUUGACCCCCUCACGGGCUUGCUGGUCAGAAAUAACAGCUACAGUCACAGCUACAGUCACAACUACAUCAGUGAUAAGGUCAUUGACAUCCCAAGCAAUGAAGAGAUGAUCAACCUAUCGCCAGCUCCAGGGGGUCCAAUUGUGGCAAAACCCGGCUUGAUAAAGACUGAGGACAGUAGAGAGCAGUAUGUUGACCUUACAUGUGAUGACACACUAUUCAAUGAGAAGAGGGAGGAUGCAAUCAAAGAAAAUCCAAUCAUGCAAAAACCAGCAGAGCCUAAAAUGGAAGAGGUGACCUUAACAAUGACUAAAAGCACUCCUCCUCCUGCUGACAACAUGCAUGUGAUGGUGGCCCUCACAGAUCCGCAGUCAGAGUUGAGUCACAACGGCGAUAGUGGUGUUGAGCGAGGAGGCUCCAGCGUGAGCCUUGCUGACAUCCUCGACUGCAGUGACGAUGAUGAGGACGAUGACAUCACAGACGAUAUCACUGACAUUACCUCGGGCAUCUUUGCCGAUGAGUCCAGCGAGCUGAAUGCCUCUCCUGCUUUCAAGUCGCUACAGAAACAGGUAGGAACUCCUGAUUCCAUGGAUUCCAUGGAUCUGCCAUCUGCAGCCGGUUCUUGUGAAGGCUUCAGCCCUGUGUCCUCACACCCCUCUAACUCACCUAAAGCCAUGGACAGUGGCUAUGACACAGAAAACAAUGAGAGCCCUGAGUUUGUACCCAAGGAGCCUCAUGAACCCCGUGAACAACCUCUGGCAAAGCCUGCCCUUGAAACAAGUGUGGAGGAGAACAAGAUGCCAGAGGAACAGGGGGGCGAAGCUGAAGUGCCCACAGAGGGUGAACCAUUGCUGAGUGAAGAUAUGGCCUUAGGAACUUCACAAGCAGACGACCACAUCCUUUUACCGCUGAGCGAUAAGACGCCAUACAGAGACUCUGCCUACUUUUCAGACUAUGAGAAUGAAAAACUUGCUAGGGAUGAAGGUGAAGUACUGUCAGAGAGAGCAGGAGAUGAACAAAGUGUUGACUUGAGCGAAAAGAAGGCUGAGAAAAGGAAGAGUGAAGAAGUAAAGGACGCUGUAGCUAACAAAGACAUGAAACUUGAAAUGAAGUCCAUAUUAACAGAAGGAACAGACUCCUCUUCUGUAGAAAUGGAUGCGUACUUGACAGAAGAGUGCCACCAGGAUGAGGUUUUGGGGCACCCUCUGGAGUCCUCUGACAGUGCUUCAGUAGCAGAGAGUGGGCUGGAUGACUGGCCAUGUCAGGAAGAGAACUCAUCGCUGGGAGACUGGGCAGCAGAGGUGGUGGGGGCCAUGGAAGAAGCCCUUGGUGCCCUUAAUGGAGACUGUAGCUCCACCGUCAAGGUAGAGGAGGAAGACACAGAAGACUUGAAAAACUCUGUUCAAGAUUUAGAAACAACAGAAGAGCCGGCGAUCAAGACGAUUCAAAACAGACCGUCGGGGAUAUCCGGUGAAAUCCCGCACACUUUACCAAAGGAUGAGGUGGCCUUACAGCACACGGCAAGCUCCAGACGUUUUUCUUCUUCCUCUCCUCCGCCUCCAUCCUCUCCUCCCCCUCCACUCCCUGCAACAGAGGGCCAAAAAUUGCCAGCUGAUGGGGCAGAGGCGGAUGAGGAGGAUGGCGACACUGACGACAGUGACGAGUCAGACGAGGAGCUGCGAAAAUAUAGUGUACAGGAGCAGAGUGGGGGCGAGGAGAGCGAAGACGAGUGCCACCCAGUGCCCAUUGUGGUGAGUGAUGACAGCGAAGCCCACAAACUGCGCAGCCUCCUUAAGAUGCCGACCUUACUUACCACAGAGAACCUGGAGGAGGAGCUUGAACGCAAGAAAAAGACGGUGUCGUUUUUUGACGAUGUCACCGUCUAUUUGUUCGACCAGGAGAGCCCAACAAAGGAGCUGGCUGAGAACAGCUUUCCUUUAGGGGCAAAGAGUCAGAGCUCACGGAGCAAAUCCCACGAAAGGGUUAAUGCCUCUGAUGACUCUUCAGAUGGAAACAUCUCAGAGGAGAGUGCAGGGUACGAGUGGGAGGACGAUUUCCCCCUGCUCCCUCUACCGACUUCCUCUGUGGCAUCUGACUCCCCUCCACCCCGCACCACCCCCAAAACUCCAGAGCCCAAACCAGCGGUGCAGUACUCCCGCUUUACCGUCUCCCCGUCCAACGUGUCCCGUUUCUCCAUCACUCACAUCUCUGACUCUGAUAUGGACUCUGUAGGAGGGAGCAGUGAGGACGGGGAAAAAGAGUAACAAGCUUCGGAGACUUACUGCCUCUUUGUGACGAUGACUUGGCCUGCUAGCAUGACUUCUGAUUUAUUUUUUAAAGUCAGGUUUUAGAAACACAAGACAGUGCCUCUUCUCACCUGUGGACACUUUUGAAAGGUUCGUCCUACCACAACGGAGGACCGACCUAAGCUGUUUAGAAUACUGCAGAGGUUUAAGGUUAGUAUAAAAAAUUUACAGAAUAUUAAUAUAUACUGUACGUAAGAUGUAAAGAAUAUACGAAAGCAGGGAAAUCUCGUAUGUUGAAUUCUGCAUAUUUUUCGGGUCAAAGAGACAAAAUGGAAGGACAGACCUUUGGAAGCAUCACAUUUGCCACUCCUUUCACUUCUUCAUUCAUGAUGGGUAGCAUUCAUAAGAGUGUGGAACCACCUGGACCUGUUGCUGGUUUAAAGACACAGUGUCAACAUUUUUGGCUUUUCAACAGAUGAUCGACACCUUGAACAAGACUGUGUAGCUCCACAGACUUUAUACUUUUUAGGAAACUGCUUUACUUGUCUUAAUGAACUUAUCCCAAGUGAUAUAAAGCUUCUAAUUGGGUUCAGAGACACAUAUAGCUUGAAAUAAGUAAGCAAAGGAAUUUUAAUGGGUCACGUCUGGUUACAGAAUGUUUUUGUGGAAACAGCUGAUCCAAGCUGGACAACCUGAUUUUCUUGACCCUUUUUUGUAUCACGAUUACUAUUGUACUGUUUUACAUAAAUACGUGGUUCAUUCUCCCUAACAAAGAGACUGCCAGCACCACCGUCACAACCAACCCGGCUUUGUUGUAAAGAUCAGGCACAAUGUUGUCGCUAUGGUGACAAGAAGUAAAGGAAUUAACUCUUUAUUAACUCUUAUUAAAGUUUUGACUUUUUUUUUUUAAAUAUAGCAAUGCAUGGUUUCAAGUAAUAAGAAAACAGUAUCUAUAAUUAAUUAUCUACUGCUUAGGAGAGGAGUUAUUUUUUGGCACAUAUUGUCAUGGAAAUUUAUGUUACAAGUCCAAAACAAAUUGGAAGCAAGAGCAGACAUUCAUGUUUUGGUUGUGUGACGUAGUGACAUGAAUGAGAUCUUCUUCAUCUUUCUAUAGUACCUUUUCUGAAUAUCAGCCAGGAAACAGUUAACAGACAAAAAUGUCUGCUUUGAAGCUCAAAGAACAGUUUACCCAGAAGUGAAAAUUCAGUCAUCAUCCUCGCGCUGAUGGAAGGUCGGGUGAAGUUUCUUCCUCCACAAAACUUUGCUGGAGCCUGACAGCAGAACAUCGUAGCAGCUUGCUGCUAAACAGCCGAACUGUUCCUUUAAAUACCCAACAAAUCAACAUUCUUCAUCACAUUGAUGCAAAGAUCCAGUAAAUCAGACAUUGCCAGAAAGCAGUAAUGCUCAUUGAUUUCCAAUACUCACCAGGGCUGAGCAGAGAAGUUGAAGCUAUAGAUGCUGGUAGAAACAUUUUUUAUGGUCAGUAUUCAUCAUCAUGUUGCCCAAACCUACAGGCCAGUAUAUCAAAAUUCAUACCUGCUCAACUGUAUUAGAAAGGCUGAUAAAUUAUAUUUUUGUCUGCCGAUGUGCUUUUGCCUAUGUAAAUCAUUAUACAUGCAGUAUUUCUUAGCUUCUGCCCAUUUCUACCACACCAUAAGUUUGUGAGAGGAAUGAGAACAGCUGCCCGACUUUACUGUUACUGUCACUUUUGUCUACACUGAGCUUGUUUGGCACAGUUUUCUACUAUGACUUUAGUUUUGGAAGCUGAACUGUUAAAUCCGUCCAGAGUGUUUGUCCUGACUUGUUAUAAUUUGGCUUAUUUACAUAUAAAACGCCACAUUGCUGUUAGGUGGGACAGAUCAACUCAGUGCUGAGUCGUCUUUGUCUGAUCAGCCGGUUGAACGGCGGUCGAGGGUUAGUGUCAUCAAAAUGAGACGUCGCAGCGCUUUGCUUUCUGUGUGUGUAGUGAAUGUAGGGAAGCGAACUGGAAGUCGUCUGUUCUGGAGCGUCAAAGAAGCAGGUUGCCGUGUCUUCUCAGUGUUUGUUUGCCUUCCAAGGCUUUAAUAUUCUGUAACAGUUUAGCAUAGAACCAUCUAGACGGCUGUCCGUAAUAUUUUUGUAUCUCGACCAAAAAAAAAAAAAAAAAAAAAGAAGAAGAAGAAAAAUUCUUUUCAGAGUGU